UUCCGAGAUGUAACAUGUCUGCGCCCAUGAGAGGUCAGAAACGGGAAUGAGCGAAAAGAGGAACGCUGAUAACUCACGUAAUUUUAACACAGACACCGAACGCAAGAAAAAUGAGCCUAAGUAAAGACAAAGGAGACCAGAAUCCACUGGAGAAGGCCCUCGCUGCUUACCUCAAGGCUCUGCAUACUAAACCAUUGUUGACAAAAGCUGUAACAAGUGGUGUCAUUGCAUCAAUUGGAAGUCUUGCCUCGCAGUUGAUCGUUCCCAAUCCUCAGAAUGGAGGCAAAAUUGUAUGGAGAAGUGUGGCAGCGUAUGCAGCAUUUGGAUUUGUGGUUAGUGGUCCCUUAAUUCACAAAUUUUACAUCCUGCUGGACAAAAUUAUGCCACCAAAGAAAGAAAAAACAACUCUUGAUGGUAUCAAGCGAGUUAUUGUGGACAGACUGGUUUUUGCCCCACCAUUCCUGUUGCUGUUUUUAUAUGUGAUCACAAUUUUAGAGGGCCAAGGACAUCAUGCAGCCAUAGCCAGAAUAAAGGAAUCAUUCUGGCCAGUCUAUAAGUUAAAUCUUCAGGUGUGGACAGUGUUUCAAUAUGUGAAUAUCAAUUAUGUGCCACCAAAGUAUCGUGUUUUAUUUGGAAAUGUGCUAGCCUUAGUCUGGUCAAUAUUUGUGGCAUCAAAGAGGAGGAAAAUGGCUCUGGCUGCCAAGCAGUAAAUAAUUGAAGAGGAUUUGUCUACAUUCCGUCAUCACCAUUAGAUGAUAUUCACCUGGACAGACAUGUUUCCCUUUUUUAUCAUUACCAAUAAUUAUUACAUUUUAUACAGUACUUUCUUGAUUAUAGAACUAUUUAUUUUAAUAUAAUUUUGUGCAAGAUAUUUUGAUCUUUAACUAUAUGAAUGUUUGAUAAACUGAUGCAUUAAGGGAGCUGUUGAGAUGCAUUAUUCUGCAAGUGGUAUUUGAUGGAAAAUUACAUGUAUAUCAUAAAUGAGGUAUUAAAGAGUCUAAAUCAACACAGUAGUUUAAUUCACACUUAGCAAAAAGUAAAUUGAAUUAUGUCCCUUUCCAAAGUCUACUGAAAAGUAAAAAAAAUAAAAAAGAAGAAAGAAAACAGUAUUUCUCUUCUUUAUGCUUCUAAACAUUUAGGGGUACAUGUACUUCAAUAAAUUAACAUUCUUUUAUAAUUUUUUUCAAUACAUUGGUAGCCCCAUCCUGGGGAAAUCAAAAUACAAGAUGCAAGUGACAUUUUUAUGCCAAAUGACAACAAUAAUUAAAAACCAGAAAGUUUCAAAGCCUACUUUGAGAAUGCAAUGGAUGGUGUCCAAGGGACAUAACUUUUGAAAAAUUUGGAUCUUUAACCUUUAACCUUGGACAGUAAGUGACAGAAAUCUAAAUAUACAGUUUUUUUGUUUUGUUUUUUGUUUGUUUUUUUUGUUUUGUUUUGUUUUUGUUUAUUUUGAAAUUCCAGUAUUAAAAACUAACUGUUCCUCAAAAUGAAAUCCAUUUGUUUUGUUUUAAAGUACUCUGUACAUGUUCAUUACUGUCACACAUAAAUCAGCACUGCUGUCAAAGAAAGGUUUUACACAAAUAAAAAAUUGUUGACACAGUGCAACACAGUAAUGAAUUGAUGAAUUUCUAUAUUUUCAAUGUUUUAUGGUUAGAGUAUAAUGUAUUACUAGUACAUGUAUAUACAUGUAUGCACAUUAACUGUAUCAUGAAAUGACAGUGAUUAUACAAAAAUGAUAUAUUGAUUUACAUUGUAUUGAAAUGCAAAUUACAUGUGCAUUGAUUUUAUGCAUUCAACUUAUGUGAUUCUGUAUCAUAAGUUUUGAAUGCAAAGUUAUUUACUUUUGUAUAAUCUAGAAAAUGUUUUUAUAAUUAAAACUGUAGGAUAAACCC